AUGGCGGAAGAUCUCGAAAUGCAGGGUAGCGAUGCCGGCAACAACAAGGACUCUGAAGGGCCAAAUGAAACGAGUACCAAGGGAUCCUUCCAUGGGGACCUGAUUCUCGCAAAGAAAUAUCAGCCUUCGCUGCGUCGGCGAAAAGAAUACACGUUGGUGCAAACAUUGUUGUUAGCGUAUCAAUCUCUUGGAGUGGUCUACGGAGACAUUGGCACUUCACCUCUCUACGUGUUGUCAUCUGUUCGGCUCGACAAACCUACGGAAGAAGACAUGAUCGGAAUCCUCAGUCUCGUCUUUUGGACCUUGACCAUAAUCCCGUUGAUCAAAUACGUCUUCAUUGUCCUUCGGGCUGAUGAUCAUGGCGAAGGUGGAACUUUUGCUCUGUAUUCUUAUCUGUGCAGGCAUAUAAACUUCCGAAGCAAACUGACCAUCCAAAGCACAAGAUUACAAUCUGAUGCAAACAUGAGUUUUUACACCCAAGGGAGUGCAAUACAGUCUAAGACCAAACAAUUCAUUGAAAACAGUCGCGCAGCACAGAAUCUCCUCACGUUCGUUGUACUUUUGGGUACCUCGAUGGUGAUCGGUGAUGGCGCCUUGACACCGGCCACCAGUGUUCUUUCGGCUCUUGCGGGAAUUCAAACACUUUCCUCAAAGAUAACAACAGGGUAUGUUGUGUUCAUGGCGGUUGUGAUACUGUUGGCUCUAUUCCUUUUCCAGUCAUGUGGGACGAGCAAAGUCGGGUUCUCAUUCUCCCCGAUCAUGUUUUUGUGGUUUGCUGCGAAUGUUUUCAUUGGCAUUUACAAUAUUGUCGCCUAUAAUCCUGCUGUCCUCCGUGGUUUAUCACCUCACUACAUUUUCAAGUUCUUUGGAAAACAAGGCAAAUCUGGCUGGGAGGUUUUAGGCGCCGUUUUCUUGUGCACAACAGGAGGAGAAGCCAUGUUUGCUGAUUUGGGCCACUUUAAUAAGAGAGCCAUUCAGCUGGCUUUCUCCUUCUUUGUCUAUCCAUCUCUGGUGCUGUGUUAUGCUGGUGAGGUAGCUUUCUUGUCUAAGCAUCCCGAUGCCUUGACCAACGCUUUCUACAGCUCCAUUCCUAAGACAGUUUACUGGCCGAUGUUCGUGUUAGCAACCUUGGCCGCAACAAUUGCCAGCCAAUCUAUGAUAUCGGCCUCAUUUUCUAUUGUUAAGCAAUCUUUGGCUUUAGGUUGCUUCCCCCGGGUUAACAUAAAGCAGACAUCCCCCAAACAUGCGGGGCAAAUUUACUCCCCAGAAAUCAACUACAUCCUGAUGAUCAUUUGUAUUGCUCUCGUCUUGAGAUUCAAACAAGGGGUUGAGAUAGGAAACGCAUAUGGUGUGGCUGUCAUAUGGGUGAUGAUAAUAACUACAUGUUUGGUGACGCUGGUGAUGUUGGUCAUUUGGGAUACAAAGUUUCCUCUCAUCCUUGCAUUUUUCAUUCCAUUCAUAUUCAUCGAGGGCGCAUUCAUGACUUCCUUGCUCAACAAAAUCCCUCAAGGUGGAUGGGUGCCAUUUGCAAUCUCCGGUUUCUUCCUGGUGAUCAUGCUGUCGUGGACUAGCGGGAGGAGCAAAAAGACCUCAUUUGAUGCAGAAAGGAAGCUGAGCCUAACGGAAUUCACGAGCAUGCUGUCGAGUAAUGAUCUCUAUCGUCCCCCUGGUAUUUGUCUCUUCUGCACCGACCUUGUCAAUGGGAUUCCGCCCAUCGUUCGCCAUUAUAUUCAGAGCACAAACUCUCUUCGUGAAAUUACCGUGAUCAUCACAAUAAGGACCCUACCAAUCAAAACAGUCCUUGCAGAGGAGCGUCUUGACGUGGGAAGAUUGGGAAUAGAUGGGGUAUACAGGUGUUUGAUUCAGUUCGGUUACAAGGAUUUGCAGAGCUUGGAAGAAGAUGACAUUGUUGCUUCCAUUGUGGCAAAACUCCGCGACACUGCUGAAACGGAGGAAGAGGCAGAAAAGCUUGGAAAAGCUUUGAAGAAAGGCGUGGUGUUCGUGGCUGGUCGGACUAUUCUCAAAUCGAAGGAGAGCAAUGGAUGGCUUUCUCAUUUGGUGAUAGAUUACUUGUACAGAUUCCUGCAGAAGAACUGCAGAUCUGCACUCACUUCACUUAAAAUCCCUCCUGGAAAGUUUUUACAAGUUGGGAUGCACUAUGAAAUUUAA